GCAGGAGUGGCCGUAAGGGAAGGAAAGGAGGUUAUACAGACGCCUUGCCCAGCCUUCCCCAUACAUCCCUCUCCCUUCUCUCUCUCUCUCUCUCUCCCCCCCCCUCCACCAUCCCGCGCUGCGUGCCGCUACCCUUGGCUACUAUGCAUUAAGGUACUUUUGGCAAGUCAACAGAUACACGAGUUACACCACAUUAAGUAACGACAGGCACGCAGCAGACUACAGGACGGGAGAACUGGGGUAGGUACACUCGGCUGGGACGUUUCAAGCUCGCCACACUGGUGUUAGAAUACAAAUAAUGAGACUACAGGCCAGCCCCAGGGAGAUGAGUGGGAACGGGUUGGGCAGGAAGGAGAAGGGCAGCUAUGGCUCGCCCCUCAUGAAGCUGUCAGCGUACGUGCUUGCCUUGCGGCCAUGGUCUUUCAGUGCCUCCUUGAUGCCAGUGUUGCUGGGAAGCACGCUGGCCAGCAAGGCGACAGGGGACAUAAGCUUUGUGGCACUCUUCACCACAGCACUCACAGCACUCUCGGUCCACGCUGCCGGGAAUGUUGUCAACACCUACUUUGACUAUGUGAAGGGCAUCGAUAGCAAGAAAAGCGACGACCGCACUUUAGUUGACCAGCUGCUCUCCAAAGAUGAGAUUGUGACUCUUGGCGUGAUCCUGUACUCUGCAGGGUGUGUCGGCUUUGUCAUCCUUACCAUGGUGACUCCAGCACGUCUAGAGCACCUCGCUCUUGCAUACUUUGGAGGCCUGUCUAGCUCCUUUCUAUAUACAGGUGGUGUUGGGUUUAAGUACAUUGCUCUUGGGGAUGUGCUUAUUCUAAUACAGUUUGGUCCCAUGACUGUUCUGUUUUCAUACAUGGUGCAAGUUGGACAUGUGCACUGGGCUACCAUACUGUAUGCUGUGCCUCUUGCCCUGAACACAGAGGCCAUCCUGCACUCCAACAACACCAGGGACUUGGAAUCAGACAGGCGGGCUGGCAUAGUAACACUGGCCAUCCUCAUUGGGUCAACAGCCUCAGAGCUACUGUAUGCUGUAUUCCUCUUCACACCAUACACCAUGUUUGCUGUGUGGGGCAUCAAGUACAGUGUGAUGCUCUUCCUUCCACUCAUCACCAUCCCUGAAGCAUUCCGGCUUGAACGUCACUUCCGUACGGGCAGUAAGGCAACAAUACCGCAGAGGACAGCCAAACUCAAUGCUUAUCUGGGCUUCCUUUAUGUGCUUGCGUGUGCUCUCUCGGACCCUGCCAAACUGCCCUACAUUCUCGGAUGAUGUGCUGCUCUGUUUUCUCUCUUCCCUCUCCUGAGUUGUGUCCCUGUGCAUUAAUGUAUCUUUUUUUGUACUGUGAUGUGUGUACCUUGCCCUCCCUCUUUCCCUUCCCUCCCUUAUUUAUUGUAUUUUUAUAGGAAAGAUGCAGCCGACAAUAUCAAAUGUAGAGCAGUGACGACCAUUUGGUUAUUGCUGUAGUCUAGCUUGUCAUGUAUGUGACUGUGUGAUCUGUGACUCUCCCACCACCUGUGUGCUGAUGACCCAGGCGGACAGAGGCUCCCACUCCCCCUGUGUUGUGCUGUGAGGGGCCACCACUGGUACUUAUUCAGUUUUGAAAACCUUGCAUAUCUAAUAAUAACUCAAGGCUUUCACCAUAACAGGAAUCUUUUUGAGUUUCCAUGACAGAUUCAAUUAUUUUCUUAAUGUUCUUAUGUCUUGUAAUUUCUACACAAAUAAGUUAAUGAAGCAAGCCAUCUCAUUAUACUGUCUGUCUAUCCUAUCUAUAAUACCAUCUGUCUACCCUGUCAAAAUUAUAGUCUGGAAAGAACAUGAAGAAUAACAUCCCUAUUCCAUGGAUAUAAUGAAAUGACACUAAAGUGGAUACAGAGUAAGAUGACAAUUAUCCUUUCAUACUUUAUCUUUAUUCCUACUGUGAGGAAUGGGAAUGGGCCUCAGCCUGGUAUAUAGAUUGAUAGAUGGAUUGAAAAAAAAAUUAUUAGCUGACCUAGAUUUGGAUAAAGAACCUUAACACUGCCAACAUGUACAAGGCCAUGCUAUUACUGCCAGAGACACAUUGCUGGUGCACAUCAUGACACAAUGUCAAGUAGUGUGCCACAUUCCCUUCAAUGUGUUUAGCAUUUACUUUCCCAUUCUUCAUCUUGCAUGAGAAGAUAGAGCAGAUCAGAGGAUGUAAUGAUGUGACAUAGUCCACUUGAUAAUCAUCUUGGCCAUCAGAAAAGGGUUAUACUUAUCUUUCUGUAACUUGUAAACCUCACUUUUUCAGUUUAUUCCUUAACUUUUAGAUGAGAUCUUCCGUAUUUCUGUGAUGCCGCAAAUCUGGGAAUCACGUUAAGACAAAAUGCAGUGGAGGAGAGUGUGGCAGUUUACUUGAUUUCUGACCAUGACCUCACAGACUCACAAUCUUCCCUGAUGAGUGAGGAUGCUUGCCUUACAUGUUAGUGAAUCCUUCAGCUCACUCAUCUUCUAAUCUGUGUUGUAUCUUUGUUAACUACAAUAAUGAAAGCAUGACUCC